UUUGGGCCCAUCCGUCUCAGAGGAAAGUUCCUGUCUGAACAUUGAACGUGUUUUGUCAGUCUAACAUGCUACAGGAAAUUUUGUCAAAGUUGGUAUAGUCGGAGAAUCAACUAAAAACCCACCUACUCUGAGAAGACCGGGCGAAGAGUGACUUACUGCCAGAGGAUGUUAAGUUUUUGAUCAUACUGGAGCUAGUCCGACAGAAGGUUAGGCAUUAAGAAGAUGCGUUCCAGUUUGGAUGGACACCUUGGUGGAGGGGCCACUGGUAGCAAUAACAAUAACAAUAACAACAACAGCAGCAAUGAAAACAGUGGAAACUCAGGUUCCCAGUAUGCACUGUGUGCUCUGGGUGUUGGGCUUGUUGCCCUGGGCAUUGUGAUGAUCGUGUGGAGCGUGGUACCAGCAGAUGCAGCCGGAAACAACAGCAGCCACUCAGGUGGACAUGGAGAUACAGGUGCCAGGAAAAAUAAAGCAUCUUCCAUUGCAUUUGUCCUGGUGGGAUCUGGGGUGUUCAUGCUGCUACUGUCCCUGUGUCUGGGUAUGAGGAACAAACAGCGGGAGCAGAUGAGACUCCGGCAGGCUCAAAACCCUGGAGGAGAGGCAGCUAGACAGCAGGAAGACAGAGAAACUGCUGAGGAACAAGCCCAGCGUUACGCUGUACCUUCCUAUGAAGAAGCAGUAGGCAGUGGACAGUACCCUGUCCGUCAAAGCAACCUGCGCCCAAGCACCUCCCAGCUACCUUCCUAUGAUGACCUGGUCCAAGUGGAUGGUGUACAGUAUGAAUCUGAGGGACUGGAGUCGACAACUUCAGGAUCCCUGCCUGCCCCAAAUGCUUCUGCUUCCACAUCAAAUCGUAGACCAGGGAAAAAUAGCCGCAAUUUUCUCCCGAUCAAGAUCCGCAGGAUUAAAUCAGAGAAGCUGCAUGUGAAAAACAUUGACAACUCUCAGCCAGCAGCUGGAAUCAGUAUAGAACCACUCACUCCACCACCACAGUAUGAGGAUAAGGUGCCUCCAAUUUAGGACCAUGCUGAUUAUAUUUAAAACAAUCUACUGAAAUCCUGGAAUUUUUCAUGAUUGCCUUUUGUGGAUCUUUAUUUGCCGAAUGAAGCAAAGACUUCAAGAUGGUUUGUCUUGCAGAACAUUCUCAGUGGAACUUUGAUACAGUAUACACCAUUUGUUCAGAAGUCAAUACUCAAGCCAGACCACUCCAAAGCACUGAACAGAGUAACCUUUAUUUUUCUAAAUAAUGGAUUUCAUUUGAUCUCUACAAGCAGAUAGAGACAUCAAUAAGGAACAUACUGUAACUGCUGGAUUCCUUCUUUAUGCUGACAGAUCCUGUCACGCUGUGGCUUAUUUGGUUAACAGCACUCAACAAAUACCGUUUUCCCUAAUGUUAAAGUACUUAUAUGUAUGUGACCAACCUUCACUGCACAUGUAAGCUUGGCAUAAUAGAGACCAUAGCAUAUCAUUGAAUGCUCAUGGAAAGGAUUUGUUUGGACACUUAAAUCAAUGGGUUAAAGGCACUCAUUUUUCACUUUCACUUCUCAUUUUUAGGCAGUAUUUCUCUCUAAGGCUUUACAUUAUUACUGACAGCUUUCUCUAACUGCCUCUCUUUAUGGUGCAGCUUUGGAGAGUCUGCAGAAGUUGUUACAAAUCUGAUGGUCCUUUUUCUUCUGUAUUAGCUUUAAAUAGCCUUUGUUUAAGAGUUUAUCUGUCUUACAAAAGAAAAAUCAAAACAUGAUGUAAGGUGUUUUUUGCAUACUGUAAUAUGUAAUGCCUAAUUGAAAGACCUUUGGAGAACAUCUAUUUUUAUAAAGCAAGUAAGUUGCUAAGUUUAGUGCCAUUUGGGUCAUAAAAUAAAAAUAAUAGUACUGAUACUUUUUAUAAAACGGUCCAGAGUAACAGAUGUUACUGAUUUGCACUCAUACUCCAAAUUCCAUGCCCAAUGACUUGGCAAUUUGGUAGUGGCUAAGAAGCCACAUAACAAAAUUAGCAUUGGGGACAUUUUUUUGACAGCAAUUGGUGUUAUUCUGUUUUUUUUUUUUUUUUCUGGUUGAUUUUGCUGGAUUUUUACUGUGUUUUGAUUCCAGUAAUUCCUGAGACAAGUGCCAAAGCUUUGUCAUGCUAAAUGAUUAACUCGAGCAUUUUGUUAAAGUUUACUCUGUGACACUAGGUGCCAGUUAGGUGGCAUGUCAGCAAUAUGCAUUUCUCUCAAGCACAAACAAAUAACCUAAUAAAUAAGUAAGUUGUUAAAAAUGUCAAAUAAACUUAAAGGCUGAAAUUUAUAUGAACACUUGUAAGCACGGCACCUUAAAUACUAGAGAUCUUGUUUAUGCCCCCAAGUGGUCAAAACUAUGUGUCUAGCUUUAAGUUAGCCAUAAAGUUUGAAAGACUUCAUAUGACUAAUCCUGAGCUCUGGUGUUGCUCUUCCAAUGCAGUGUUGCUUGUAGAGUAGAAAACUGUUGAGCUAUGAAGGCACUAGUGCAUUCUCUGCUCCUCUCUGGGUCUUUUUUUUGGCUCAUACUCGAGAUGUUAAACAGAAAGACUCUUUGACUGUGCAGCUGAGCCAUUAUAGCAGCAACCAUUGCUCACUCUCUUGCUCAUCACAAGCUCAUUCCUUCCACCACAGCCUGACUGGCAGCCCUUGUUUUACCUAGAAAUAUGCAAAGAAUGAGCAGAAAGAAAAGAAAGACGGCUCAAGGCUCUGUUCUGUUCUGCUCCAUCUUCAUAUCCUACUUAAUCAAUACCGGUCAAACUCCCCUAACUUCUUCAGGUUAGACUUGUUGGAAUAUGAGCAGCUGGAGCUAGAUAAAAGCUCUCUGAUAAUCUAAUAAAUGCACAAAAAAUCUUCUGACUUAAUACAGAUCUGUCCUUUUUUUCUGGACAUUUUAUUAGUUAUUUCAAGUUCUUGAAUUUGUCUCAUCAGUUUAGUUGAUGUAAAAAUCAUAUCAAUCAUUGUCUUCUGGGCAUGUAAGUAUUAUCAGGUUUUCUGUAAAGCAGAAGGUAACAAGGUCAUAGAGUCAUUCCAGGAUUUUUAUAGGAGCACACAAUUUUUUCUACAUUUCUGACUUUAGGUCAAGCUGCCAUUUAGAGGGUUAAAUCUGUUUUUCAUUCAGGCGUUUCAGUACUGAGGACAGUCACUGCUCCUCUUUUGCAGAACAAUUGAUGAAAUAACCAAAUGAUUUUACUGCUAUGUCGUCAAAAUGUUUUACAGUGACCAAACACUGAGCGUUUUUAUAAAGGAGUCACCAUCUGUUUUACUAUGAUAAGUGGAUCAAGCACAUGCUGUAUUAUCAGUGUCAUUUGUGUUAUUUUGUUUUUCCGUUUUAUUUCUUCUGUAUUUCUUUUAUAUUUACUGUGAAAAUCUGUUUUCUAUUGGAACUCGUUUCCUUUUAUUGAAUUUCUAGUGAGAAGUAAAAAAUGUAUCUCGUUAAUAUUUUAUGAGGAAUAA